GUAUAAAUAUUGUUUUUAAUUUUUUACCCUAGCUCGUUUACACCCCUCCCCUCUUUUCUUACCCUGUUAAACGAACAAGCCUCUUCUUCUUCUUCUUCCUCUCCACUCUCCAGUCUCCAGCCUCCCCUUCCCGAUCUUCUUCCUCUCCAGUCUCCUCUUCUUCUUUAGCGCCCAACACCCGUACUGUCCAACAACCGCCUGUCUCACUCGCUCUGUGGCAUUUGUUGGUUAUUAAAAGUUGAGUGGCGUCCACACGCGCCCUCGUGCAAAAGCGCUCAUCUCCUCGCCCUCAUGCAAAGGCUUCCAACAACAUUUCAAGGCGGACAGCUACAGAGAGGAGAAGAACAUAAUUCUUCUGUUUAUUAUGCUUAUGAAGUUUUCAAGUUUAAUGUCUGAAACUAUACCAUGCCAUCGAGACUACCUGGUGUCUUUAAAAAGAGAGAGGCUUUCUUUUGAGAAGAAAUUAUUGAAUGCGCUGACUGAACUAGAGACACUGAAACCUACUGUUGAAAGUCUGAUUGAGGAACAAAACAGAAAACACAUGAAAAAAGUAGCCGAGGCAGAUCAGGUCCAAUAUCCAAGCAACUUAGACUUAACUGCAGUCGACGAGAUGCCAACUCCAGCCGAGAUGCCAAGAUUUUUGCCUGUCCCAAGACACUGUUUCUUAGAUCCAACAAUUGGGCUUCGUGAUCAAUGGCAGCCACCUUCCACUGAUAGUGGGGUCCAAUAUCCAAGCAACUUAGACUUAACUUUAGUCGAUGAGAUGCCAACUCCAGCCGAGAUGCCAAGAUUUUUGCCUGUCCCAAGACACUGUUUCUUAGAUCCAACAAUUGGGCUUCGUGAUCAAUGGCAGCCACCUUCCACUGAUAGUGGGGUCCAAUAUCCAAGCAACUUAGACUUAACUUUAGUCGACGAGAUGCCAACUCCAGCCGAGAUGCCAAGCUUGAUUCAGCCUGCUGAAGAUGGGGUCAUGGCUGUAAAAGAUAGUGGUGAUUCAGAAUCUGAAAGAUCUACCCUUGAAUCAGUCCUUUCACUGAAUGACGGUAGAUGGCCUCUUCCUGCUGAGGAACCUUGUACAUCUUCCACGGGCUAAUCAGACCUCUGUCCGCAUGAAGCUUGAGAAAUUUCCAAGUUGGAAAUUAGUAAAAGGAUAUCAAUUUGACUUCAGUUUCUCCAUUUCAGUUACCCUGUUUACAGUGCUGGUUAGUUACUCCAAUGAACUGGUUUGGCCGGUCUAGCUUCCAGCCAUAGCGUCCGCCUGAGCCUGGUUCCCAUUUUAUCGAUGAUUGUUUGGGCCCGUUUAAUUGAAACAACAAAUGGGCUUUUUUUGAGUUAUGGUUUAAAAAUCUGUUUGUGCGUGUCACACUGUUCACCAGGCAAUAUGGGGUCGGAUCGUCCUGUAUCCUGCAGUGAAACCGAUAUCUUUAAUGAAUGAUAUGGGUGAUGUGUAUGGGUUUUAGAUGA